CAAUCAGGUUGAAUAAAAUGGCCGCCUUAUAAUGGGCUUUUCCACAUUUACGUAGGGCAAAAAAAAUUGCUUGCUUCAUUUAAUUAAUAUCAACCCCAUAUUUAAUUACAAUAGAACUUAAUUAGGACUCUCCAAGUGAUAGGACAUUAUAAAUUGUUGCCAUUAAAGAUUCCGUGACAAUCGACCAUGUCUGAUGUAGAAGGUACAUCACUAGAAGCAUUAUCUGAGUUUAAAGAUGGUGGUAAUUUAGAAAUUGUAGAAAUACAAUGUGAAAAAGAUCUUCAAGAGGAAACUCCCGUUCUAUAUGACGAGGAUGGCGAUUACCAAAAUGUUUCCUGUAUGCAAGUUGUCGACGAAUCGGGGAAGAGCAAUGUGCUGGAUUUGCUGAAUAUGACUCUUAUUAAAUGUUACACCGCCGAGGGAGAAUCCUACCGCUUGGUGACCAGCAAUGCACAGGGCAACGACUCGGAGACGGUGACGUGUAUAUUGUCAAACGAGGGAGAUGAUCAAGAGCAAUUUAUGGUUGUGGAUGAAAAUAAUAUAUAUCUACAAGCUGAAUAUGCUGAAAACUAUGAAAAUCCUGAAAACGAUAAACUAAAAUUAACCCUAAACCUUCUCCUCAGGACCCUCCUAGCCAGCCUUCAGAGGCGUCAACGUAAAGGCCGCAGACGCAAAGGUGAACUGCCACCUCCGCACGAAUUAUUAACAUCGCCGACUUUCAAAUUGUAUCUGUAUUCGUGUAAAAUGUGCAAUUUUAAAUGUAAUGCCAUAAAGGAGCUGCAGGUGCAUCGGGCCGCUGAACACAUCGGAGGGAUUUCAUACCGCGGCAGGAAUUCUACAAUAGCUCUGCAAUGUCCAAAGUGUCCAUACAGGGCGCACACUCACGGCCAGCUGUCCAAACACAACACUCAAAGCCACGUCAAACGCGAUACAGGUGUGACGUACGGCGAAGCGAUAAAUUUGGACACCGACGAAGUGAAUGCAGCCGAUGUGCUGGUCUGUGGGGCGUGCGGGUUCGAAUCCCCGUCGAAGGAGGUUUUCCGGACUCACAUACGGAAGGAGCACGGCGCUAUGGCUUGUUAAUAAAUACAGUCGUUUUAUUUAGUAUCGUAGUAACUUGAAAAUAAAUUAGUCUACUGGCCUAGCUGUAUGAGAUGGAUUGAAUCUUACUGAAUUAUUUAUACAAAAUAUAACGGGUGUACCACAGGUUUCUCUUCGAGAGCCAAUACUAUUCAAUAUAUUUGUAAAUGAUAUAGCAAUCUGUUUUAAGUAGGUUAACGUAAAUUUUAAGAUCUCAAGUUUUGUCGUGUAGUAACUAUAAGGUACCGACCUGGUGUUGAGUGAUUGCCCAUGGACACAAUGCCAGAAGGUUGAGGCAACCUCUGCCUUGACGUCGGAUGAAACUCGGCUACUGAAUCGUUCACAUUGUGCUUCGGUAUGUGGCCAUCUAUGGCAGCCGCAUGUAAGAAUUGGUAGGAUGCAUGUGUUGAAAAGUUUUCUCUCGAUGUGCGUGCAUUAUUUAUUUAUUAUAUUGUCAUUUCUAUUAUUGGUCAUGGCUCUAGUUUUUUGGAUGUUCAUUGAGAGACCAACUUCUUUGCUAGCUGUUUUCAGUUCUAUAAGCAUUUCUUGUAAUUCUUCUGCCGUGUCUGAGUGGUCCGGUGAAUCAAAUGCCUCGCAGUAUUCUACAAAGCAACAAUGAAAUUGGAUGUUAUAUUCUUUGCACUUUUAAGCUAUCCGUCUGCAUGUGAUCCACUGUCGAGUAGUUGUUUGUGAAGGCUGCCCGCUCCUCGCAAAUAUAAAUUGCACAUCAGGCUUAUGGGCCUAUAAUUGCCGAUGGCAUCUCUGUCUUUCUAUUUUUUUUAUUUUCUCCUUUCUUUUCCCCUUUUGUGCUGACAAUACCGAAAUUUAGUUUUUGAAGGAUUGAUAUUGAUUAAGAAAUAUAAAGAAUUGACGAAUUGUUAGAAAUACUGUGACCGCGUUGGAAUUCGAUCGUAUGGUAGAUUGAAUCGAUCAACAGUUCAACAUAGCACCUGAUGAGAGUUCCGAAUGACCCAUACAUAUUCCGUGUCUCGUUAGAUAGAUCUGGUCAUCUGGAGUCAUCGCCUUAUUCGUUACAAUAAUGAAACACUUUCACUUUGGAACGAUAACGGUUUUUU